AUGAAUCAUUUCUUUUAUUUUGAAACCAACCACCCGGAAACCUUCUCACGUCACACUUCUCCUUCCUUCCUCUUCUUCCGGUCUCCUGCAGACACUCUCCAUUAUGGCUCAAGCAGCACAGAAACUCGUUGCCAAAGUACCAACUUUAAUCGGUGCCGCUGUCAGCUACUCCAGACCCAGACUAGCGACCUUCUGGAGCUACGCCCGGGUGGAGCUGGUCCCACCGUCUCCUGCUGAGAUCCCCAAAGCCAUCGAGGCAGCAAAGGGCCUCGUCAAGAGCUUCCAGUCAGGACGCCUGGGACAAACCACAGUAAAGAAUGCCUUAACGAAUGGACUUGUGGCCACUGAGGUGCUGAUGUGGUUCUACGUUGGAGAGUGCAUUGGCAAAGGAGGCAUCGUCGGAUACGAUGUCUAAAUGUUGCACUGUUGUUUCUCCUUUUGCACUUCUUAUCGUCACAUUCUCAACAACCUGCACCACAUUUUCAAAUAAACAAUGUUUAUAGUCAGAUAAGUGUA